CUCCCGGCGGCCCUCCCGGGCACCCGGCCGGCAAGCCGCCCCCUCCGCGCCAUGGAGCCCGAGCGGGCGGCCCAGGAGCAGAGCCGGCCGCGGAGGCGCAGCCGCCGGGCCUCGGGGCUCAGCGCGGGCGGCGCCGCAGAGCCUGCGGGCGGCGCCGCAGAGCCUUCGGCCGACACCCCCGGGCUGGGGCCGGACGGCAGAUAUUCCCUUCAGAGAGGUAGCUCCUUCACGUUUUUAACACCUGGCCCCCAUUGGGACUUCACUCUGAAAAGAAAACGAGGAGUGAGAGAUGAUGAUGCCGUAAGCCUCAGCAGCCUUGAUCUGAAGGAGCCAAGCAAUAAAAGAGUUCGACCGCUAGCUCGGGUCACGUCCUUGGCAAAUUUGAUCUCUCCUGUAAGAAAUGGAGCCGUCAGACGCUUUGGUCAAACAAUACAGUCAUUUACCCUUCGUGGUGACAGCAGAUCCCCAGCUUCUGCCCAGAAGUUAUCGAGCAGAUCAACCGUCCCCGCGCCCACCAAAAGGAGAAGCAGUGCCCUGUGGUCGGAGACCUUAGACAUCAGCAUGAAGCAGUCUUUAACCUCCAGAGAAAUCAGACGUCAGGAGGCAAUUUAUGAAAUGUUCCGAGGGGAACAGGACUUAAUUGAGGAUCUCAAGCUUGCAAGAAAGGCCUACCAUGACCCCAUGUUAAAGUUGUCUAUCAUGUCAGAGGAGGAACUCACGCACAUAUUUGGUGACUUGGACGCUUACAUACCCCUGCACGAAGAUUUGUUGGCAAGAAUAGGCGAAGCCACCAAGCCUGGAGGGACUGUGGAGCACAUCGGUCACAUUCUUGUCAGCUGGUUGCCAGGCUUAAAUGCCUACAAAGGCUACUGCAGUAACCAGCUGGCAGCCAAAGCUCUUCUUGACCAAAAGAAACAGGAUCCAAGAGUCCAAGACUUCCUCCAGCGAUGUCUUGAGUCUCCCUUCAGUCGAAAAUUAGAUCUUUGGAGCUUCCUAGAUAUUCCUCGAAGCCGCCUCGUCAAAUACCCUUUACUGCUGAAGGAAAUUCUUAGACACACUCCAAAAGACCACCCGGAUGCUCAGCUUCUGGAGGAAGCUAUAUUGAUAAUGCAAGGAGUCCUCUCUGAUAUCAACUUGAAGAAAGGUGAAUCAGAAUGCCAGUAUUACAUCGACAAGCUGGAGUACCUGGAUGAAAAGCAGAAGGACCCUAGAAUUGAAGCAAGCAAAGUACUACUUUGCCAUGGGGAACUGAAAAAUAAAAAUGGACACAAACUGUACAUUUUCCUGUUUCAAGAUAUCCUGGUGUUGACUCGGCCUGUUACCCGAAACGAGCGUCACUCCUACCAGGUGUACCGGCAGCCGAUCCCAGUCCAGGAGCUGGUCUUGGAAGACCUGCAGGAUGGAGACGUGAGGAUGGGCGGGUCCUUUCGAGGGGCCUUCAGCAACUCAGAUAAAGCUAGAAACAUCUUCCGAGUUCGCUUCCAGGACCCCUCUCCCGGCCAGUCCCACACUCUACAAGCCAAUGACGUGUUCCACAAGCAGCAGUGGUUCAAUUGUAUCCGAACCGCCAUCGCCCCUUUCCGGCAGGCCACCAGCCCCUCUGAGCUGCAGGGCUUGCCAGGGCUCCACGAGGAGUGCGGAGAGAACCGCCCCCCCACUGGGCACACCCGGGCCCAGAGACGGGCAUCCACAGCGUCCAGCGUGGCUCGGGUCGAAGUCGAUGGAGACGCUCCCGCAUGUGGCGCACCGGCGCACCCAGCAGCCGAUGUGCAGCGUGUGAAAGUACCCCGAGCCCAGGCUGGCCUCCGAGAAGCCAGGGACAAAGCCCAGGCCGGUGGCGAGCGCAGAGAGACGCUGGUGUGAAGGCAGCUCUGCAUUGUGCCCAGGGGAGAGACUUUAUUUAUAACUGUACAGUUGUUCUUUCUUGUCAUGUGAGCAUGGGAGCCUGGCAGGGUUACUUAAUACCAGUCUUCACAUUUUCUGUGUUUGUGGUUGGUUUUGGUGGUUGUUCUUUUUUUUAUUUUUAUUUUUUUUAAUGGCAGCUAAAAAUACAUAUACAGGUUACUGUUAAACAACAGGUUUUUUGUUUUUUGUGAUUUUUUUUUUUUUUUCUCCUCAGAUCGUUUAGAACAUGCAAGCCUGGUGUUUUUAAUCAAAUGAAAUGCUUAUGAAAUGGAUUUUCUCCUCAUUCUGCAUUCAUCUUGUGUUUUUAAUACCAAUUGUGAUAUUUACAAUAUUUGCCAAAGUUUAAAAUUUUACAAACACUGGGAUUUUACCAGUGUUUCUUUGAUAAACUUUGCAUGCAGAAUUUGAAAUUUUAAAGUUGGCAUCUAAGAUCUACUUGGAAUAUAUGUGUAAUAUUUCAAAAUUUACAUUGAAACAUAAGUACCUUGGAAAACAAAACUUAAUAGGUUUUCCAUUUUACCAACUGGAAUGCUUUUUGUUUUUCACUGCACAUUCCUCAUUUUUCAUUGAUUUAACCUGCCGAUUAUUUAAUUUUUUUUUAUUGUAAAGUAGUUUUUAGUAUUUGCUUUUAUUUUUUUACUUUGAUACCUUUUCAGAUUGGCAUGCCUUUAAAGUAUGUUUCUUCCUCGAUUAAAAAUUGUGUGUGCGUGUGUGUGUGUAUGUUUAAAUCAUAUUAACUUUACCAGGUGAAAUCAAGCCAUACUGUUUUUGAGCCAAUUAAGAAAAUUGCGAUUUUUAAAGUGUAGUAUUUCAGGGUGGUGAACACACAUGAAAUGGCUGUCUGUUCUAGACUGCUGAGAGAAAACCACCUUAAGGAUUUCACGGAAAGUUAAUAUUGUCUGAAAAGCAAGAGGGAAGGCAAUUGGUAAUAAGUUGUUGUGGUUUUUUGGGGGGGUUUUUUGUUAUUUUUUUAAAAAAAGAGGGGAAAAGAGUGUAGUUUUGUCUUAAAGUAAAAAUGUCUGGUUGUGUCAGACAUUUAUGAAAGAUAAUAAAAGCUAAACUUGAGAGUGUGUAGUAAGUUGUAGAAGGCUUGGGGGAAGUGAACAGUAUUUGCCUUGGUUUACAGUACUUGCAAAUAAUGGGUUUGAAAAGAAAAGGAAAUGUGUUGAACAUUUGACCAUAUUAGGCCAAUUUUGGCAGAUUUAUUCGAGGGAAAAGAGACUGGUGAAUCCUGUACUAUGAAAUGUUUCUGUUGAAAUGAGGUCAUAGUCUCUAAGGGGGGAGACUGAAAGCCCUGUGUCAUGGCAGAUUUGUAAUGGUGAUCGGUUUAAGUAUAUGUUGACUAUUAUGUGAUCUAUAUUUGGCCAGUGGAAAUGAAAAUUGGAAAAGACUGUAUAUAGUUACAUCCAAAUGAUUUCUCUGUAUAAAUGAAUUAUACAAUUAAAACAAAGUCACACACAUCA